AUGAAAUCCUUCAUCGUUUUAGCUGCUACCAUUUUGGCCGUUAGCGCCUUGUCUCUACAUGAGCAAUGGGCGGACUUUAAGGUCAAACACGGUAAAUCUUACAAAAACAUCGCCGAAGAGACCGCUCGUUUCGAAAUCUUCCAACAGACCCUCAAGAAAAUCGAAGAACACAAUGCCAAAUACGAAGCCGGUUUGUCUAGCUUCUGGAUGGGAGUCACCAAAUUCGCUGACAUGACCAGCGAAGAAUUCCAAGCCAUGAUGAGCAAACAAAUUAUCAGCAUGCCAAAAAUCGAAGGCGAACGCCACGUUCCUUUCGAAGUUGAACCAGAAGAAAUCGAUUGGAGGGAGAAAGGCGCCGUAUUAGAAGUCAAAGAUCAGGGUCAAUGCGGAUCCUGCUGGGCGUUCAGUACAACUGGUAGUUUGGAAGGGCAAAACGCCAUUAUAAAUGGCAAGAAUAUAACUCUCAGUGAACAACAAUUAGUAGAUUGCUCUGGAAGUUACGGCAACGGUGGUUGCAAUGGUGGUGCUAUGGUAUACGGUUUGGAAUAUGUUCGUGACCACGGAAUCGAGUCCGAAGACUCUUAUCCAUACGAAGCCAAACAGGGUGAUUGCAAAGCUGAUCCCAACAAAAGCGUUUUGAAAAUUAAAUCCUUCAAACUCGUCGAUGUUAGCACUGAAGCUUUGAAGAAUGCCGUUGGCACUGUGGGUCCAAUUUCGGUAGGUCUUUCCUCUAGUGGAUUGCAGAACUACGCAGGUGGUAUUAUUGACCAAAAUUGCCAAGGACAAGUUGACCAUGCAGUACUCGCUGUUGGUUAUGGUGAAAGUCCACUACCCUACUGGAUUAUCAAGAACUCAUGGGGAAAGGGCUGGGGAGAGAAUGGCUUCUUUAGACUCGCCAGAGCGAACAAUCUCUGCACUAUUUCUAACACUAUGGCUGUUUAUCCAAUUUUGGAAUAA